AUGAAACUCACAAUCAUCUUACUCCUACACAUCAUCGCCUUCAGCGCCCAACUUACCCUCCCAUCUCCAUCAACAACCAAUCUCACAGACCGCCGAGUUACCUGCAUCAAGAAAGCCACCGCACUCAUUCCUAUUCCUCCCGUACCCUCCUCUUGCGAAAACCUCGCCUACCGCAUUGGCCUCCUGCAUGGCGCCAAAAUCCAGCAAGUCUUCGCUUCAGCCACUAAAGCUCCUGUACAUCCACUCCCCUUCCCGGUACCCUACUGCUGGACAAAUAUCCUCUGCCAAAUCACCCUCGAUUUCCACGCGCCACAAAAUGCCGACAUCUCGAGCUUAGCAGAAAUCGCUAUCCAGACCCAUUUGGUCACCGUGGCUUGUUUCGACGAUGCGCUGGAGGGCCUCAAUUCAGCGGGGUUGGCGGAAGUGGGGCGGUUUGGAGUAUUGCUCGCGACUGUCAGUACUCCAAAAGAGGUACCGGGGACGGAGUGUAUAUAUUUAAGUGAGCAUGCGGAAGAGGGGAAAGGAGGUGGUGGGAAUGGCAAUGAAACGUUGAUAGUCAAUUGA